GACUAUUUUAACAUAGAACGAACCCUCCGACAGCGCAGAGGUCGACGUCGUCAAACUCAAAGCAGUUGGACUCCUCCAGCCAGCGGCCAGGCUUUCUCCUCACCUACUCUUCACGAGAUCAACGCUCCGACCCGGCGGAGGUAGAUGGCGCACGGCGGCGGAGCAGGUCCGGACUUCAAUCUGCCGGACGAGAUAUUGGCGGUAAUACCUACGGACCCCUACGACCAGCUGGAUCUGGCGCGGAAGAUUACUUCCAUGGCAAUCGCGUCGCGCGUCACGAAGCUGGAGACGGAGGCGGGGAGUCUCCGUCAGAAGCUUCACGAGAAGGACCGGAUUAUCCAGGAGCUCGAGGAUAGGGUUUCACAGCUCGAUGGGGCUUAUCAAGAUGCUGAGCUGCGGUUGAAAAUCCUCCGCGAAGAUAAUAUGAAGCUGGUGAAGGAGAGGGAUUCCUUGGCUUUGACUGCAAACAAACUCAAUCGCGAUUUGGCAAAGCUGGAGGCAUUUAAGAGGCAAUUGAUGCAAUCGCUGAAUGAUGAAAAUUCACAGCCAACAGAAACUGUAGACAUCGGUACUUACGAUCAGACGGUGCCAAAGAUGUAUUCUGCAAAUGACGAGUUGAAUGGCUAUCCCAAAAAUCAUUCUUACGGGGGAUCUACUGAAGGUGCAAGCUUAAUCGAUGAUGUCUCUAAGCAAGGUGCACAUAAAUUUUCAAUCACGCCGUACAUAACGCCCCGCCUCACUCCCACCGGAACACCGAAAAUUACUUCGGCUAGUGUCUCUCCCCGGAGGUAUUCAGUUGCUACCUCUCCUAAAUUGACCUCCGGCGCCACUUCUCCGACUCGUAAUGAUGGCCGCGGAUCUCUUUCUUCGUGGUACUCGUCCAGCCAGCAGUCGUCUGCCGCUAACUCUCCUCCUAAAGGCCGCCCACUACCAGCUCGUGCUCCCCGAAUUGAUGGGAAGGAGUUCUUCCGUCAGGCGAGGAGUCGAUUGUCACUCGAGCAAUUCAGCGCGUUUCUGGCAAAUAUAAAGGAAUUAAAUGCGCAAAGGCAAUCGCGCGAGGAGACGCUGAGAAAAGCUGAAGAUAUAUUUGGAAUAGAGAAUAAAGAUCUAUACAUAUCAUUUCAAGGGCUGCUCAAUCGCAAUGUGCACUAAAUAGAUUUACUACGAGCAAGGUUUUGCAGUUCAAUUUCUUGUUCGGGUUUGGGACAUCGUUGUAGCUCCCGACAAAGCAGGCUGUCGGUGGUAUUAUCUUACCAGGUCAGUUAAAUUCCUGCUUUGUUGCUUACUCAAUGUUAGAUGGAAUUUGUGAAGAUGCUUUUGCUGAAGCUGUAGACAGCCUUUGUCUUUGUCUGAUUUUGGACAUACCAUUCUGUAAAUAAUGGCUGUUCUGUUCUGUUAUUUUAUGUUAUGUUGGUUGAA